AAACUCAAUGUAACAUUUAGAGGAAGGCGUGAGCCGGCCAUUGGAUAUAAUCGGAAGCAAGGUGGCAGUGAACGUCCCGAAAUAGAAAUAUCAUCAAAGUUUUAAUGUGAAGAGCUUUGGGAUAUUUAUAAAGAAAGGGCCAAUUGAAGAUCAAAUACGCCAAGGCUAGUUCAAGCUUUAAGGGGGUAAAUCGCUACCCAAGAGUUAUUUUGUGUUCAUUGCUGUCCAAUUUGUCUCUCACCACCUGAAUUAUGGCUGGAGAAAACCUAAUUCAAAUGGACUCGCAGACUAUGCUGAUAGGGGCUGCCCUGUUCAUCAUCACCUUCAUUGUUGCCUAUUUCAUUUCUUGUGUUGCCAUUCGUGAAAAGUCCUAUGAAGAGGUGAUUGCUGAGCAGAGGCGUUUAAAUGAAGAGGUGCAGCAGAAACAAAAGUUGGAGAAGAAAGAAAAGAAGGGGAAGUAUAAGAAAGGAAAGGGAAAAGGUGGAGAAAAAGAAAAGGAGUCUCCAGUUGUUGAAGCUGUCACAGCCACAACUAGUAUUGAAAAUCAUGCUAAAAUGGUUGAGUAUGAACUGGAGCCCGAGAUAAUUGACACCUCAGAGGAGCACCCCAAACCACCAACCCCACGCAAAGGGAAAAAACCCAAGUCCAUUUUGGUCAACAAGAAUGAGAAGCCUCGCCGUAGCAUAAGUGAGGAGGGUGCACCUGAAUUGUUCCACCCAGAUAAGCUACCCAAGGAUGAGGUGGAGCUGAUGCAUGAGCAUGCUCACUUUGAGACCAAAACCAAAGAAAAGAGAGAAGUUAAGAAAGAAGUGAGUGAGGUUAUGGUACAAGAGGUUGCCUUAACAACUGCAUCAGAACCACCUGUAACUGAAGGGAAGAAGAAUAAGAAGAGCAAAGGAGAUGGAGAUGGUUUGAUGCUCAGUGGGGAGAAGUUAUUAGCUGCAGUGAAGAAGGCUUUGCUGACUGAUGUUGAGAUCCAGGCUCUGAUUGAUGUCCUUCUUAACAGACAGCAGGGCAAUGAACAGUGGACCAAGAAGGGAGAUCCUGUCUCACUUUUGAAGAAACAGCUUGAAGAGAAAGAAAAGACCCUGCAAGAAGAACAACAGCUGGCUAUGGCUGCUAACAAGAAGGUGAAGGAACUGCGCCAAGAGCUGUCUCAGGAGAAGCAGAAUUUUACCAAGUACGAGAAAAGGAUGUCCGAGAGUUUGACCUUGAAGCAGCAGGAGAUGGAUGCAUUGCACGCGCGCAUGCAGCAGUCGCAUGAGCAACACAUGAUGGAAGUGGCAGCACUCAAGAACCAGUUGCAGAGAAAAGACCCUCAAGAUCACCAGGUUUUACUGCAGGAAAACCGUCAACUAAAAGAAGCAUUGGCACAGGGCAGGAUUGCAGCGGCCCCCGAGGUUCACAAUUUGCAGUCCCAGCUGCAGAUCAUCCAGAACGAAAUGGCAAACAAUGCCCGCAAAUUGACAGCAGCAGAAAAUGGAAAACUAAAUGCAGAAUCUAAACUGAAACAGUAUGAAGAUCGUAUUAAGUUCAUGGAAUCUAAGAAAGCUGAAGGUGAUGCUGCCUUUAACAAGAGACUAACAGAGAUGGCUGAAGAACUUCAGAAAUCUGAGUCACGUUGCAAGAAUGCCAUGCAAGAAUUGGAUGCUGCCAAAGCUAGGACCCAAGGGGCAGAAAGCGAAGCAGCAAAGUUGCAAAGUCAGCUGCAGACUAAAACUGGAAGCGAAAGUCUUUUAACCAAGAAGAAUGAAGAAGUUAGCAAUCUGACAUCACAGAUAGAAAAACAAGCUUCAGAAUUGAAGAACUUAACAGCAGAACUGGAGAAGCAGAAGGCAAAAAAUAAUGAAGUUGAAGCUGAAAAGCAGGAUCUGGCAGAGAGACUGUCUAAGACACAGCAGUCGGUGUCCGAGAUGAGCGGGUUACAGGGUGAACUGAAUGCCAAGCUAGUAGAACUGCAGCAAGUUUCGUCAGAACUCGAACAACAGAAAACUGCUUAUAAUAAUUUGGAGAGUGAGCGUCAGAAACUCGCUGCCUUGUUGACCAAUGCAGAACAACAGGUGGCGACACUGCAGUCCUCACAGUGCGAGACAAAUGCCAAUAGUGCACAGGUCAAAACUCUGCAAGAAGAAUUGGACAAGCAGAAGAAAGCAUAUGAUGAACUUUUGAUAGAAAAGCAGAAGGCAGCAGAAGACCUACUGAAUGUGCAGCAAGCUCUUGAAAAGCUCCAGGUUCUCCUGGCAGAACUGGAGGGCAAGGACAACGAAAUGGUCCAGUUAAAGCAAGAGGUUGAAACCUUAAGGAAGUCUAAUGAAGAUCUUCAAAAUGAGAAGACGAGAGCAGAAGAUGCCCUAAGUAAAGCAGAAAGUUCUCUGCAAGAGGCAAAGGUGAAUGAGAACAAUCUUACCAGCAAAGUGGAAGAAAUGGAGAGGUUAAAACAAGAGAUAGUCACACUGAAGAAAGACCAGGACGAAUUAGUAGCAGAGAAUGCUCAGUUAAGUGAAAGCCUUACCAAAGCAGAGGAGUCUGUGGAAGAGAAGGCAGAUCUUCGCUCCAUGGUGAUACAAGCAGAACUGAACAGGCUGACUGAAGAAUUAGAAAAACAGAAACAAGCCAAUGAUGCUUUACAGCAGGCUCAGUCUCCCCCUGACACCACCAGCAAGGAUGCUGAAAUCUCAAGACUGACAGAAGAAGUAGAAGCCUUGAAAAAAGCAAAUGAAGAAGUUAUUGUGAAAGCCAGGAAGAUGUUAUCUGGGGAGUCUGCAACCAAUCAGGAAGUCUUCGUACUUGAGGCAAAACUGGAUAAUGCUACUUAUGCAGUGACUACGCUGCGCAAACAAUUGGCAGAUGCUGAUAAAGAGUUCAAUGAGCUUGAGGCAGAAUGCAAAGACCUCAGAUCAGUUGUAGCAGAGCUUAAACAACAGAAUGAUGAGCUUCGUUUGCAACAACCAAAACUUACUGGGUAUUACUAUGAAAGUAUCCCGGUUGAUGUGCAUAAAGUCACAUCAGAGUUACAUGUCAAUAUAGUGGAAGUUGGUCAAGUCAAGGUUGAAAUGGAAAAGCAAAGACAGGUCAACAGUGAGCUUUCUGAGCAAAUCUUCCUACUUCAGUCGGAGUUAGAUAGAAAGGCAGCUCAAAUCAAUGAACUAACCAGCACUUUGGGAUCACAACUGGUCACCAUUUUAGCUCUACAAAACAAACAAGAAGAGACUGUUGGUAGCAACUCUGAACUUAAGAAAGUUAAAGAUGAGUUAGAAACUCAGCGGAAGAAAAAUAAUGAACUUAGAGAAAAGAAUUGGAAGGCAAUGGAGGCACUGAAUAGUGCUGAAAAAAGUGUACAAGAAAAACUAGCAGCUCAAGCUAAAAAAGAAUCUGCUCUACAAAACAAACAAGAAGAGACUGUUGGUAGCAACUCUGAACUUAAGAAAGUUAAAGAUGAGUUAGAAACUCAGCGGAAGAAAAAUAAUGAACUUAGAGAAAAGAAUUGGAAGGCAAUGGAGGCACUGAAUAGUGCUGAAAAAAGUGUACAAGAAAAACUAGCAGCUCAAGCUAAAAAAGAAUCUGAAAAACUGUCUGCUCAGGUCUCAGGAGAGCAGUCCAAACUAAGGCAGCUUUUACAGAGGAUUUUCUCCGAUGUCAAAGUUGACCAGUCACUGGCACAUUCAGAUUGGAUGUCAAGUUUUGAGACAGAAGUAAAAAAGUAUCUCAGUACCUUAUCCUCAUCAAGUGAUAACAAGGAUUUAAAGGAAGCACAAGAAAGGGAAGACCAGUUGCAGUCCCAAGUCCAGCAUUAUAAGUCUGUGCUAGACGAAACAGAAGCCAUGUUGAAUAAGCUUCAGGGCAGUGUGGAGUCUGAGGAAGGGAAGUGGAAGCAGAAAGUGGCUGGGAUUGAAUCACAACUCUCUGGUGCAAACGGUGAAAAGCAAAAGUUACAGCAGGAGCUGGACCAGGCCAGGGAUAAGGUCUCUUCUUUGGAACAAGAACUGAGUGAUGUUAAAAAGUGUAUUCCAAUUUCUGAAGAAGCACAGCAGCAAUUAGAAGAGCUUAAAGUGAAACUUCAAGAAAAUGAAAAGAAGCAGAAGGAAUUAGCCACUGCCAAUGCUAGGCUUAAUGGGCAAUUGAAAAUAGGUCAAGAUGCUCUGAAACAGGAGACAGAAUUAGUGCAAAAAUUACAACAGCAAGUCAAUGAAAAAACCCAGCAGAGUCCAUCCACUAAUAAACCUCUACUGAGAGACACUUCCACUGUGCUUGCGGUGACUCAGUCUGAAUGGGAAAUAGUUGACCCUCCCAAAGAUAUCCCACAAAACCCAUCUAAUAUGAAUGGGACUGCAGGAGUAUCAGCUGGGGAGGUGGAGCAGCUUAAACACAAACUGGCAGAUAGAGAAAAACAGUUAGAGAGCGAAAUUAUGAAGAACAAGCAGUUAGCAGCAAGAUUGAGCAACAUUUCUGUCUCCCCACAGGGUCCUAGACUUUCAGACAAGCAAAGGGUGGCUGUCACAGUGGCCAAGAGUGGAGACACUGGAACUUCAGUAUAGGACAAAACAUUUUGCCAUAAACUCUUACACUCCAAGAAAAAAGAAGUAUGUGGAUUAUUUAGGAUGGUGUAUUUUCCAAGAACCCAGUUGCCAAAAACUCAGUAGACUGAUCAAGCUAGGACAUAAAACAAACACCAGUGUAAAAUAUAUAUAGAUAUAUUAUUAUAUCAAGCCAAGCUAUGAACACGGCUUAAAAGAUAUCCAUAUCAGAGAUAAUCUUGUCCAUGUAGCAUGUCUAUCACUGCAAUGUUAUAAAUUGCAUUAGAAUUUAUUAUAUAAUGUGAGAGACUGUAUCCACAGAAACAAGUCUACACGUAGUCCAGUAGUCUAGUUUUUAUGUUCAAUGUAACUGUUUAUGUAGCUUUGACUUGAUGAAAUUGUAGAUGUGGAGACAUAGAGGACACCAAAAGUAAAUGGCUGCUUUUCACGCUGUAGAAAAAUGCAAAAGAUUCACAUUGUAAAAGGAUGUCAGCUUGUGCUGCUAUUAUGUUGAAGUGGUUCCAUUUUUUGGAGAAAAUGGUAAACAAAUUAUUUAUUCAUGUUGUGUUACCAAUCAGCAUCACUUGAUGAUGGGAUUGGAAGUUGUAUUUAUUUUGCAAAUUACUUAAUUUGAAUAAACAUUGAAAUAUUGUAUCUGGCUAGAUCUGGAAAGGAGUACAGUCUAGUAUUUUUGACAUUUUAUUUCAUUUCAUGAAUUAUUUAUUUAUUCAAAAUUUUGCAAAGGGUUAUUUUCAGGUACUUAUCAUUUAGUUUUGAAAAAAGUGAACUUUUAUUGCUGUAGUUAUAUUAGUAUUGGAAUGAUAAAGAGGAAUUAUAAAUGGCUUUCCA